CAAUCUCUCUCUCUCUCUCUCUCGUUUCAUCAAGCAGGUACGCAGACGCAACCGCAACAGCCGCCGUCCUCCAUCACCGCCCCUUCUCUGCGUACGCUCUUUACCUGAUUCGCAGUACAGGAUGCCGCAGGUGGAUCUCGAAACCCUCGUCUCCGCUUGCGCCGGCGGCGGCUCCAACGACCGCAAAAUCACCUGCGAGACCAUCGCCGGCGCCGGCCAUCCGGAGGCGGCGCCGGUGGCGGUGGAGGAGGAGGAGGAGGAGGAGGAGGAGGGCCAGGAGGAGGACCAGGGCCACCACUCCGAUCGGCCGGAGAUCCCUCCCGACUUCCCGCCGGAGUCCUUCUGGCUCUCCAAGGACGCCGAGUUCGACUGGUUCGACCGCAACGCAUUCUAUGAGCGCAAGGAGUCCACCAAAGCCAGCUCCAACUCCGGGAACCUCAACCCCAGCUCCAACUCCAACUCGCAGCGCUUCUCCCUGAACCGGAAGUCCAAGGCCUCCAUCAUCGGCCUCCCGAAGCCGCAGAAGUCCUGCUUCGUCGACGUCAAGAACCGGAAGGCCGCCUCCAAGGCCGCGAACACGCGGCUGUUCCCGAAGCGCAACGGAUCGUCGGCCGGGAAAUCGAAUCCGCCGCUGAUCGAGCCGUCUUCGCCCAAGGUCUCGUGCAUGGGGAGAGUCCGGUCGAAGAAGGACCGCAACCGCAGGUUACGGAACCGCAAUCGCUCGGUCGAACCGGCCGCGGCGAAGGCCAAGCCGGCCGGCAAGAAGAGGACCGGCCUGUUCUCCAGCUUCCGCUCCAUGUUCCAUCGAGGCCACAAGUCGCAGGCCGGGAGCUUCGAGCGCGGCGCGGAGCCGCCCCCGGAGGAGUCGCCCCCGCGGAGGAGCUCGGCCAGGAGCGUCAAUCGCGACAUCAGGGACCGCUUGCCGUCGCGCGAGGCGGGGGCGCUCUCGCCGGAUUCGCUACCCAGGCGGAGCGCGGCGGGCGGCGAUGCGCCGGGUCUGGGCGGGAUGAGCCGGUUCGCGUCCGGUCGGAGGUCGGACGCUUGGGCCGACGACGUGGUUUAGCGAGAUCCUCCCGCAGUCAAAGACCGACGCCGGCCGGACCGGCGCUGAGAUCUCGGCCCCCACCGAAUUGAUUUGGGCCUGCGGUCUCGGUUGGCUGGCGGCCGUGCGGGGCCCGCUCGGGGAGGAUUUUGGGCAUGUGGGUCUGGGUGGUCGUUCGACUGACGUGGCGCGUUGACUGCUGGGGGAUCACCCCGCAUCCGCAUGGGUGGUGGAGGUAAAGAACAACUACUCUCGGCACACGGAUUUUCCAUGCUAUUCAUAAUUUUUGAAUCGGUCUUAUCUUUAUCUUCGCUCCUUUUUUUUUUUUUUUUUGCUUUUUCUUGAGGGGGCCAAAAAUCUGGUUUUUGAUUGUGUAAUGAAAAAGAGUGAGGUGGUGGUGGUGGUGGUGGCUUCUUCAAGGUUUUGUAAAUAGAGAGUUCUGGUGCGGAGCAUUUUUGCUCUUUUUGCUAAGUUUUCUUGUC